GACGAGCCGUCUGUCUUGGUUGUUGGAUUUGUAAAAACGGAUACAUUUGUGAGUCGCUGCUGUAGGGCGCAGUCCGUCCGGCAUGUCUUGUUUACGGUGAGGUCGGAAUACAACCUUGCGGCCCUGUUAAACGCUCUCGAAUUAACCACCAUCCCAGAUAUCAGAAAAAUAGUCUGUCCAAUGGAUGAAGAUGCUAUUCCCCCAAACAGUUUCUGUAAUGCACCUCCCCACAGUGAACCUCCACCACCUCUCCUCCCCCUUUCCUCCAUCACUCCCAGCCAUGCAAAUGAUGGAAUAUCUGGACACAGAAGGAGUGGCCGCAUUCAAGAGAUCAGAGCACAAACUCCUAAAAAGCAGAGCAUUACAGACAGCAGAGCAGCUCCGAUACUGUCCGGACAGAAUCCGUCCCUCACAAAGAGACAAAGGGAGAGUGCCAACAUGGUACAGGUGUCACAGGCCAAGCAACCCAGAGUUGAAGGCACACAGAAUCAAAACAAGGAUGGAUUUGAUAUUGGUUUUGCAGCAAAUCAUCACAAUAAGCAAAAGAGACAAGGAAGCCCACUGAAGAAACCAAAUGUCCCUGCUGCAGAAAAUUUAGUCAAGGUGUUUGCUCAUGAUGCCGCAAAAAAACUUGAAACCACCCAGUCUGACAUGGAUGCAUGCAGUGAAUUGGCGAGUGAAAAUCCAUCUCCCCCAAGAGGAUGGGUGAUCGGCCCCUUGUUUCAGUCGUUAAAGUCAAAGAUGGCCAGUUUCUCAGAUAUAGUAAUGACUCCUGUUAAAUUCUUCAAAGCUAAUAGUCCUCCACCGUCCACAGCCCAUCCAGAGGAAGUGGAAGAGUGUGAGGAACAAGCCGAUGGAAAAAAUGAACACUCUGAGCCACGCGCUGUGUUUCAUCCACAAAUUGAGAAUGGAAAUCAGGAUGUUGAAGCUCAUCCGCGGACACUCAUUGAAGCAGAAGAUGCACAAAAGGCAGAAACUGUUCCUCCUAAAUAUUCAAAAAAACUUUCGUUUGGUGUGGAGUUGCCAAAACACGACUCUGAUCAGACAGACGAAUGUGCAAUAAUUAAAAAGGAAAAGAACUCACCCGAUUCUGUGCCUUUGCAACACAGUCCCUUACUUGUCUCUGAGGAAGUUUCAGACUCUGUUUUAUCUUCCACACUUUUACAGCCCUCUGACGAGGUAAGUGCCUCAUAUGAAACCAAGUUAAAUAUGUUUGGUGCUAAGGAGGACCGGAAAUGUAACCUGAGUCUCCGGCAGAAACCACUGCCUAGGAAAUGUACAACAAAUCGAUCUGGAGUAAAGAAAGUUUCCUCUAAGACUUUAACAAAUGAAGUCAAAAAGGAAGAGGUUAAUGAUGAUCAGGUUCCUCACUUGACUUCAAUCAAAGCUGACCCAAACGAUGCAGACAAAGAGCUGUCAUUAUCUUCCUCACUUUAUUAUUCUAGGCUGGAGUCUGACUGUCCUCAGCCUGAUGGUGGCAAGAAAAUACAAUGUUUGAUUCGCCAAAGCCGCCAGAAACUUUUGAAUAACAGUUCUUAUGGAAGGACAAUUAAGCCAGCUUUGGAUACUCAGCAGCUGGAGGGUCAGCUAAACCCUGAAACAUCUUCAGCUACAGGUCUUGGGAGAGCAAAGCGGGUGCUUAACCUGGACUGUCAAUCCCAAGACUUUGUGAAGAGGAAGAGACUGACGGCUAAUAAAGGAAACAGUACAAAGGAAACAGAAAAACAGGAGUUAUUUCAGGUGGCUUCAGAUGGUGGCAUAUUGAGACCACCAAUUAAGGAAGUUGUGUCGACAUGGACAUCAGAUAAAUGCACGAAGGACAAGGAAGUUAUGUCGACAAAUACUGUAGCAAAUAAGGAAGAAACACUUAAGUCCGGUCAAAAAAGACAGGCUGUUUCAAAAAGAGCAAAUAAGAAAGGAAAAGGUGGACAAAAAACGCUUGCUACGAUAAAUGAAACCAUGUUAGACAGUCGGAGCGAAAGUUCCUCUGAUGCGAUGUUGGUUUGUUCCCUGGAUAACAGCAGCGGUGUGUCAGAGAAAAACCAAAAGGGCAGCAGCAAGGUGAAGCAGCCCAGUGGUUCAUGCAAAGGACCGAAGACAAAAACCAAUAAGCCUGAUGAAAACAUUAACAGUAUUGAUCUGGAAAUCAUCACUAAAAAACAAGCAGAGCAGGAAGUUUUGUCAGCAGUUCUCAUUCAUCCUGAUAUAAAGCCACUCCAGAGCACAAGCAAGCGCAGGAAUAUAAACAAGAAUCCACUAAAACGGAAAUCGCCGGUCCAAUCAAACUCAACUACAGAAUCAGACAGAGAUUUGGUUUCUACCUCAGCAGCACUACCAGUGGAGCCAUUUGAAGUCACGGCCACAGAUUUUAAUACCUCUCAGCAGGUACAGAAAGAUGAGAACCAGAAAAAGGGACUGAACCAGGCACCCAAGAGGCCCAAAAGGGGUGUUAGGGGUGUUGCUGUUCAAUCAUCUGCGUCCUGUGGAAUUCAAGAGACAAACCAGUGUAUCAGUGACCUUCAAUCGAUGACCAAAGAAAACCAGCCAAAAGAAGGCAAGUGUAAAAUCUCAACGGACCCUGUGUAUUUUGAAAUGACCCCUUUUGAAAGUAAUCAAGAACCUGCUCCUUUGCCCUCCAAACCCCCCCCCAAGUUUGACUGUCUUGUACUUUUAGAUAGCGCUGUUAAGGAUGUCAUCGAUGCAAGAGAAAAAACUACAGCUUCUGUGGCAGAUGAGGUUUUUCCCACUGAAGCUGAAAGCAGCGUAGGUAUCUCUAGGCGAAGGUCUAGUGCAAGAUGGGUUAACGAUAAGCCAAGGAGAAAAUGCAGGGUUUUGCGUAGCAGGACACGUAAAGGGGAAGUGGUGACGAACUCCAUCACUAUGGACAAUGCAGAUCUGGCUACAGAGAGUUCACGCUCAGCAGAAACAGGACGCCUGCUGCGCAGCUACUCUUGCCCAGAGAUCCCCUCCCUUCCUUCCCAUGACAUGCUCUGGACUUCUUCUUUGCAUUCCCUCCACCACAGCAAGAUUCACACACCACAACAGCUCCAGCCAUCCCACACUCCUCCCAUCCAUCACGCGCACAAAUCUCCGCGGCGGGCUCGUCGGCACACGGUCUGCAGUGUGGAAGUGGAGAGGGAGAUCGCCCCUCUCUGUCUUCGCAAAGAGGUGUAUCCAUCCAGAAGGUCUUUCCCAUAUGGCAGAACCUGCCAACACCUGUCUCCUAGUCUUACACUUUCUCCCAGCACUUCCCUCGCAGCUCUUGCUUCCUGUUUCCUCUCGAGCCCCCUGGCUUUCCUCUCUAAGAAAGUCGACAGCAGAGGAGCUGCUGUCAGCCCCAGCAAUUCCAGCCAUAUGUCCUCUCCCACCUCUUCUUCGAUAAACCCAUUGCUGUUCCUCCAAAGACCUGACUCCUCUCAUGCUUCGUUGGACUAUAGUAACAGCGGGAAUCCGUUGGUGUGUGAGAUUGAGAGAAGACAACAGAGUGAAGAGGAGGACGACGGCGAGGACACAAGCUCGUCCAGUCAGGAGUUUGAAGAUUUAGCGCUGAGAGAAGAAAAGGCUUUGUCUGAUUCUGAAAUCAAGGUGGUGCAAAAGCAUGAGGAACGAGGAAAGGUGUCGUCUAUUAGAAUUCGGAAAACACUACCCAAACCCCAGAACAACCUGACACCCAUGGGCCUGCCCAAACCCAUCAGGCUGAAAAAGAAGGAGUUUAGUUUGGAAGAAAUUUACACCAAUAAGAAUUUCAGCAAACCUCCUGAAAGCCGGCUGGAGACAAUAUUCGAGGUGCCUCUCAAUCGCCGGAAUGGCUCAGAGUCCUGGUUUGGCCAGAGGCGUGUCAAACGGUUUUUGGAGUUCCUGGAAGCUGGCGAGGCCAGAAGACCAAAGAAGCCACUUGUUGGUGUUGGAAAGGCAGCGGGUAUUUCAUCUUCCAGGACAAGACGAGGGGGCUUCCCUAAAGACGAGCCGCCCCUCAGUGCGCAGGACGUGGACUCGCUUCUCUGUGCCAAACUCGAUCAGCUGAAUUUGUGGUUGAUAGACGAUCAGCAAGACAGUUGACAGACGCCUCUUGAAAGGCGAUUUGUUUGGCAGCCAUUAAAAAACACAAUAAAACACUGAAAGAGAUCUAUUUCUAAUGUAUUUUCAACUUGAGGAUUCACUUGUGAGUCUUCCAGCUCUUUUUAUUCAGCACAAUCUGUGUAUGAUUGUUGUCGUGACAAGUUAUUAUUGAAGAAUUACGUUCUGUAGCAUCUAUAGCCUAAGAGUUGAAGAAAAGCACAUCAUAGCACCAGAAGCGCAUUGCCUCAUAGACAUUGUUUAGAAACGUAGUGGUUGAAUGCAUUUUACUGUAGGGGUGUCACGAUUGAUGGAGGGUUUUUUAAAUUAUUACAUUUUUGCCUGGAUGCUAUGACCGUUGGUUAACAGAUUUAAGAGAUUUUUCCUUCAAUACGUCAGUAAAAACCCACUUCUGAAUUUUGAAGCUUUCCCGUAUGAUAAAAAAGGGUGCUUGUAACAAGUGGCUAAAAAUACUUUAGGUGUUGUUGGAGAUAUUAAGCAUCAUUGUAGGGCAGGGCAAUAUGACAUUGUGAUAUGAGACUAGAUAUUAUCUUAGACUUUGGAUAUCGUAAUACGUUAAUUUUUGCAUAAGUGUUGUUUUUUUCCUGGGUUUAUAGGCCGCAUUACAGUUACGUGGUGUCAUUUUCUGAAUUUACCAGACAUUUCUAGCUGUUCUUUUAUUCGGCUUUAUCUUUAUAUAUUUAGCAUUGUUGCAAUAUCGAUAUUGAGGUAUUUGGUCAAAAAUGUCAUGAUAUUUGAUUUUGUUCAUAUUGCCCAGCCCUGCGUCAUCAUGACCUUAGUGAAGUUGUAGUCGUGUAAACGGGUUGUAGUUUGUUUAUAAUCUAAGGCUACAGAUUAUUUUCAUAGUGGACUAUUGUUUUAUUGUCAAUUAUGUUCACGAUUUGGGUUAUUUGGUCUUUAAGAUGUGAGUCCAAAAGUUUCUUGUUUUGUCAAAAACUCAAAGAUAUUCAGUUUACUGUCAUAGAGGAGUAAAAAACACAGAAAAUAUUCAUAUUAAGGAGCUGGAAGUAGAUAAUUUUUACUUAUUUUUUUCUUCCGAGUAGAUGCUUACUUCCCGGUUGGUCUAAUAAAAUAAAGUGUCAUCCCUGCAGCUCUCUAUAAGCUUUCAAUUUCAGUCAUUGAAAUUAAAAGCAGGAUCAGCAAAAUCAGAUUUUUUGACCAUGUGGCCUUUGUGGUACAUAACAAAAUUAAAUCAGUUGAAACCGAAAAUCGUCAGAGCAUAAAGCCAAUGGUUGGUUGGUCUCUACGAAACAAGAUUCGUUACUUGGAAAAUAGCAAAGCCUUAGUGCUAAAAAAAAAAAAUGCAUCUGGAAAAUGGAAAAUCGUGACACCCCUAUGAAGCUUUUUUGUCAUUACUGCACUCAAACCUCUGCCGUCCUAUUUUCCCACAGCCACUUUCCAUCUGGGAUAAGUGAAACUGACUAGAAGCAAGCAUUGACGUCCUAGAUUUAAAUACUUGUCCAGUAUGAUAACAUUUUCAGAAUAUCUCUCAGGUUUACCCUGAGAGUUACAAAUCUGCACAACCUCCCAGAGUGAGUGCUGGUGCUGCUUUGUUACUAUGACUAAAUGUUAAUGCAGCAUGCAUCUGAUUUCUUUUGCACUGUCGCGUUUCAAAGAAUGCGUUGCAUUACAUGGGGAGUCGUGACAUUGCAGCUAAUUGUAAAUUAAUCCAAAAAGGCAGCUAUUUUAUAUUAAAUGCUGAUUAUCACUUCUAAACAUGCCAGCAAGAGAUUUGUAGUUGCUGCAACCACCUUCACAACUUCUGUCCAUUACUUGUCUGUUUUCAGUUCUCAGAAA